CCGGGCACUUUCAAAAUGGCGGAGUGUGGAGCAAGCGGCAGCGGGAGCAGCGGGGACAGCCUGGACAAGAGCAUCACGCUGCCCCCCGACGAGAUCUUCCGCAACCUGGAGAAUGCCAAGCGCUUCGCCAUCGACAUAGGGUUUUUAAGUUCCAGUAGCCCCAGACCCUUCAUCCACAGAGAUUUUAGUCUCCAGGACACCCAGAGAGCAUGGGGGAUGGACCCCAGCCCUGCGCUGUCCUGGUCCUGAAUUCUGCCCAGUGUAUGUCUCCCCUGCAGGCGGGUCGUUAACCAAGCUGGCCUACUAUUCAACGGUACAGCACAAAGUCGCCAAGGUGCGGUCUUUCGACCACUCGGGAAAGGUGAGCCUGCGCCGCGACCUCCCGGGGCGGGACAGCCACUCCUCUGUCAUCUUGAACCUGGCCCUUGUCACUCAGUCACCCCUCUGCUGCUGCAGACCUCGGCUUCCAUGUCCUGGGCGUUUCUAGCACAGACAGCCUCCCCUGCCUUCAACCGUGUCCCUUUAAGACCCUUUUCAGGAACCUGUGCCCGCCCGGCUCCCGCUGGGGGAGGCUUCUGCUCCUGCUGGGUGGCCCUGAGGUCGCCACGGUCCUAGGCUCCUCCCUCUUGCCCAGGAUUCUGCCUCAGAGCCCUGCCUGGUUGAAGGCUGGUGUGAACGGCCAGCUCCGCUAGGGCAGGGUGUGCCCGACCCAGCCCAGCACGGUGCCCCACACUCAUGCGGCCUCCCCUACUCUGUUUUCCAGGACACAGAACGUGACCACGAGCCGCCCUACGAGAUCUCAGUUCAAGAAGAGAUCACUGCUCGACUGCACUUCAUUAAGUUUGAGAAUACCUACAUCGAAGCCUGCCUGGACUUCAUCAAAGACCAUCUCGUCAACACAGAGACCAAGGUCAUCCAGGCGACCGGGGGCGGGGCCUACAAGUUCAAGGACCUCAUCGAAGAGAAGCUGCAGCUGAAAGUUGACAAGGAGGACGUGAUGACAUGCCUGAUUAAGGGGUGCAACUUCGUGCUCAAGAACAUCCCCCACGAGGCCUUCGUGUACCAGAAGGAUUCCGACCCUGAGUUCCGGUUCCAGACCAACCACCCCCACAUUUUCCCCUAUCUUCUUGUCAAUAUUGGCUCUGGAGUCUCCAUUGUGAAGGUGGAGACGGAGGACAGGUUCGAGUGGGUCGGCGGCAGCUCCAUCGGAGGCGGCACCUUCUGGGGGCUCGGGGCUCUGCUCACCAAAACGAAGAAGUUUGACGAACUCCUGCACCUGGCCUCGAGGGGCCAGCACAGCAACGUGGACAUGCUGGUGCGGGACGUCUACGGUGGUGCCCACCAGACACUUGGGCUGAGCGGGAACCUCAUCGCCAGCAGCUUCGGGAAGUCAGCCACCGCCGACCAAGAGUUCUCCAAGGAAGACAUGGCCAAGAGCCUGCUGCACAUGAUCAGCAACGACAUCGGGCAGCUGGCCUGUCUCCACGCACGGCUGCACAGCCUGGACCGUGUGUACUUCGGAGGCUUCUUCAUCCGGGGCCACCCCGUGACCAUGCGCACCAUCACCUACAGCAUCAACUUCUUCUCCAAGGGGGAAGUGCAAGCGCUGUUUCUGAGGCACGAAGGCUACCUGGGAGCCAUCGGAGCGUUCCUGAAAGGAGCCGAGCAGGACAAUCCCAACCAGUACAGCUGGGGAGAGAACUACGCAGGCAGCUCUGGGUUGAUGAGCACGUCACCGGAGCUCGGCCCAGCGCAGCGGGCACGGAGUGGCACCUUUGACUUGCUGGAAAUGGACCGGCUGGAGAGGCCACUGGUCAACCUGCCGCUGCUCCUGGACCCGCCCUCCUAUGUGCCCGACACAGUGGACCUCACCGACGACGCUCUGGCCCGAAAAUACUGGCUCACCUGCUUCGAGGAGGCCCUGGACGGGGUAGUGAAGCGCGCAGUGGCGAGCCAGCCAGACUCCGUGGACGCAGCUGAGAGGGCGGAGAAGUUCCGACAGAAGUACUGGAACAAGCUUCAGACCCUGAGACAGCAGCCCUUCGCCUAUGGGACCCUGACCGUGCGCAGCCUGCUGGAUACCAGGGAGCACUGUCUGAAUGAGUUCAACUUCCCAGACCCCUACUCCAAAGUGAAGCAGCGGGAGAAUGGCGUGGCACUGAGGUGCUUCCCCGGGGUCGUGCGCUCCCUGGACACGCUGGGCUGGGAGGAGCGGCAGCUGGCGCUGGUGAAAGGCCUCCUGGCGGGCAACGUCUUCGACUGGGGGGCCAAAGCCGUGUCUGAUGUCCUUGAAUCCGACCCCUACUUUGGGUUUGAAGAAGCAAAGAGGAAGUUACAAGAAAGACCCUGGCUCGUGGAUUCCUACAGCAAGUGGCUUCAGAGAUUAAAGGGGCCCCCUCAUAAAUGUGCCUUAAUUUUCGCAGAUAACAGUGGAAUAGACAUCAUUUUGGGAGUCUUCCCCUUUGUCAGGGAGCUACUCCUUAGAGGGACUGAGGUCAUCCUGGCGUGCAACUCAGGCCCCGCCCUGAACGACGUGACCCACAGCGAGUCUCUCAUCGUGGCAGAGCGCAUCGCAGGCAUGGACCCUGUCGUGCACUCCGCGCUCCGGGAAGAGAGGCUGCUGCUGGUGCAGACGGGCUCCAGCUCCCCAUGCCUCGACCUCAGCCGCCUGGAUAAGGGGCUGGCCGCACUGGUGCGGGAGCGUGGCGCGGACCUGGUGGUCAUCGAGGGCAUGGGCCGUGCUGUCCACACCAACUACCACGCGGCCCUGUGCUGUGAGAGCCUCAAGCUGGCCGUCAUCAAGAACGCAUGGCUGGCCGAGCGGCUGGGCGGCCGGCUCUUCAGCGUCAUCUUCAAGUAUGAGGUCCCGGCCGAGUGAGCCACCGCGGCCGCCGGAUGGUUCCGCUGUCACUCGUCAGGAAUGUGUUUUUGUCACCACAGGGAAACUGCGUUCAAAUCAACAUAUUUAUAUCGUACUACUGUGACACGGCACAUACGCCCCAGCCCGCACAGAUGCGUGUGGUCGAGAGGCGAGACGCAGCUUUGUCCUGGGAGACAUUCAUAUUGGAAUUAUUUAACUGCUAAAGAACCUUUUAUAUAUAUGUAUAAAUAGAGAGAUCUAUACAGGUAUGUCUGACGGGACGCAGCGCCGUGGGCAUGCACCAAAUAGAGUUUUUAAAAGAGG